AUGCAUGAGGUGCUCCAAAAGCCGACGCGUCCAAAUAGCGAGCCACAUGCCGCCAAAGAGCCAGUGGAUGACGGUGUUAAGCAUGGCAAGUGUGCCAGUGCAACAUUGAGUAGAAGUAGGUCUCUAAUGGUAACUGUGCCACCACCGCCGCCCACGCCAGCCACACCCACUCCACUGGCACCACUGACCGUGCCCAGCAUAGAGCUGACUCCAGCGAGUGGUCAGGGAACUCCCACUCCUGUCGAGCAAUCAUGUCAAGUGCUGCCGGAUAAGAAUAACAAUAAUAAGGAGAACUGUCCCGUCAAGUUCCAGGGAGCACCCAACAAUUAUGUGGCACGCCGCACAUGGAUAACCACAGAACGCAUGAAUGAGCUGCGAAGGAAGGCACAGGAAGCGGCCAAACAGAACAAGAUUUUCACCAUUAGAGGAUGCUUCAAUUCGGUGCGGAAUGCGUUACUCGCGCGGGGUUGGGUGGAGAAGCUGGACAUGCACCGUAAGGUAAUCCCAAUGGGUCAAAUGACCUACGAGGAUCUCACACAGCGCUUGCCCAAGCGCAAGGCAGGUGAAACGAGGCGUCAAUAUGUGCUCAAGUGUGAGAGGAACAUCAUGUCGAGAUUUCUCGAGCAUAUGCCUGUGGAUUUUUUGUGGACGAAUCGCAAGGAGAAAUGCGAUUACAUUGAUCAGGCCAAGAAUCCUGGCAUGACCAUCAAUAAAUUCCAUCGCGCACCUUUUACCUCCAAGGAGGGUUUAUGCAGUCAAUUGCGAGAUUUCCAUUGGUUCUUCGAGGAGGGAAUGGCGGAAAUGUAUUUCCCCCGCUGCUACAACGUCUGGAGUCCCGAGGAACUUGGUGAAUUCGUGGAUAACUUCAAGUUGACCGCCUGUGUUGCAUAUUUGAGAGCAAUGCUUUUCAAGUUCCACAAACAGGGCAACGAUGCUGUCUUCUCGCCCAACGGCAAGAUACCCUAUUCCUCCAUUGACUUUGCCUACAAGCGGCUGGUCGACUACAUCGACAGUUGCCAGCACAAUGAUAUUGAUUACGAGGAUCCGCCAAAGAUUUGGGAGCAUGACUGGGAUGCCUUUCUCUACCAACAUCAGCAACUGGUCAACGAGGAUGGACGCAUCCAGCAUGACGGUCAACGCACUUUGGAUCACAUGAUCAAGAGCUGCAUCUCGUUGGUGGAGAAAAUGAAAAACCAUUGGCCACAGUACAGCCUGGAUGGCUAUCAGAAUUUGUGGAUCGUCAAGCCGGCCAAUAAGUGUCGAGGGCGUGGCAUCCUCCUAAUGGAUAAUCUCAAGAAAAUCUUGGGUGUGGUUAACCCUUCGAUAGCAUCCAAGAGUCGCUAUGUGGUGCAAAAAUAUAUAGAACGUCCGCUUAUAGUCUUCCAAACAAAGUUCGACAUACGCCAAUGGUUUUUAAUAACGAACACACAGCCGCUUGUUGUGUGGUUCUAUCGGGAAAGUUACUUGCGGUUCAGUUCACAGGAAUACAGUCUGAGCAACCAUCACGAAUCGGUGCAUCUGACGAACUAUGCGAUACAGAAGAAGUAUACGAAUGGCAAGAGGGAUAAAAGAUUGCCCAGCGAGAAUAUGUGGGAUUGCUACUCAUUUCAGGCCUAUUUACGACAGAUUGGCAAAUCUAAUAUGUGGCUGGAGAGGAUUUAUCCAGGAAUGCGGAAAGCCAUCGUGGGCACCAUGUUGGCAUCGCAGGAAAAUAUGGAUCGCAGGCCUAACACUUUUGAGCUGUUUGGAGCAGACUUUAUGAUAUGCGAGAACUUUUAUCCCUGGCUAAUUGAAAUCAACUCAAGUCCCGAUCUAGGCGCAACGACAAGUGUAACGGCACGCAUGUGUCCCAAGUGCCUUGAGGAUGUGGUCAAGGUGGUAAUCGAUCGUCGCUUGGAUCCCAAAUCGGACAUGGGCAACUUUGAGCUGGCCUAUCGUCAGGUAGUGCCUCCCACGCCCGCCUACAUGGGACUCAAUCUCUUCGUGAAGGGCAAACAGCUGCUGCACAAGGUUAACCAUGGCCAUGGUCAUUAUUACUACCAGCAGCAGAGGAAGGAGCGCAGUUUGGCCACCAGCAGCGUGUACCGACAACGUUCCGCCAUAGUGCCCGCCACGACUAUAUCGCGAAUACAUCGAGCUAUGCCCACCUUCAACGCCACAGAGUACAUGGAGAAGUAUAUGGUGGAGCCACUGAGCAGCAGUCGGAGCAGCAUCAGCAGCAAUCAACAGCAGCAGCAGCUGCAGCAGUCAACAACUGUGGCACUCAAAUCACCAUCAGCUAUAACGGCACCCACUUCACCGUGCCCUUAUCUUCUCAAGCAGGCGGGUCGCUCCAUCACCCAACUGUUGAAUGCCACCCACAAGAGGAAUACAACGGUUACAGCCUUGAGCGGUGGGGAGUUAAUUUCCAAUACCGCUUUGCCACCCAAACGACAACGUAGCUGUGGACCACGUUUUACCGCCAAUCAAGUGGAAAACACGGAGAAAAAGUUCAAGAUUCUAAUCAAGAAUUACGCGUCCAAUGCUGCCGAUAAUCUUCUAGAGAAACAGGAACCGCCCAGUGCGCCAGCUACAGCUCCUGUGAUAAACGAACGCAAAUGGAGAAGUCUGCGAAACAUUACCACGUCCACCACUAGCUGUUCCCGAGCAAAGCCUAUGCCGACAGCAUCGUUGUUGGACAGCAGUCGAUGCUCUCGACGCUUUGCUCGCACCAAAUCUGAGAUUGAGAGCUCGGCCAGCAUGCAUGCCAUUGGACGCACCUUUGGUCGCAAGUCAAAUGGACCACGUCUGCCCAUCAGCAUCUCAGUGCAGGCGUUGCAUCGUGGCGAGCCCAUUGUGACUGCCAUGAAGCAAGCCUCCAGCGAGUUGCAACUCUCUCAGCCGCAAAUCAUCAGUCCCCGCACCGCGCUGGCCAAUAAAGGGACCAACUCAACGCUGACAGUGCCACUGCCCACUUGUUAA